UGCCUGCCUGGCCGCACAAUCAUCACCUCAAGGAGAAUAAGGCAAAACUAAGUACUCCCCCCUCACAUUUCUCUACAAUCAAUCCGUUUCGAAAUGUCUCCUACAAAGAUCUAUGUUUGCUCUCAGGCUAAAUGCAGCGAAACUUUUACCAAGUUUACGGACCUGAAGAAGCAUGAGGCUGGACAUGCACUUCCGGAAAACGUGCACACCUGCACCUUUCCCGGAUGCGACUUCACGACGUUGCAGAAAAGGAGCUUCGACAUCCACUACGCCAGACACACUGGCGAGCAGCGCUACGUCUGUCCUCAUGAUUGUACCUUCAGGACCCACGACCCUUCUGCCCUAACGCGCCAUCGCAAAGCAAAACAUGGAUAUGUUCCUUCUGUGCGCAGCAUACGCAGCGGCGGUCGUGUUCCUGCCCCCUCCGAAUCAGACAGGACCCCGUCAUCCGAGUCCCUGCCUGCUUCAUCCUACCAAUCCCACCCAGAUGCCCAAGACCCAUCGUUGGUCUUCUAUGGCCCGCCGGCUAACGAUUUCCCAUUCACUAUCGCUGAAGAUGACUUUAUCAUGUUUAGCGAGCCCGUGAGGACGGCUAGUGGGUGGACCGAGGGCUGCAUGUGCCCUGAAUUGAUGCAAAGACGCCCUUCGGAGAUGAUGGGUUAUGCAUACGGGCGUUGUUAGUUUAUAAAAACUUGAGAGUCAUCGGUGCGGCUUGUGUUUUUCAAGAUAUUGAUAUUUCGCUUACAUAUACAUGGGCGAACCCUUCCCCUCGUUUUAUACAUAUACCAUAUUUUACUUAUAAUUACUUUGUGAUGUUGUCAAAGGCCAAUACUGUACAAGUACUCUUUUCGAAUAAAUCGUAAUGUCC